AUAUUUUUUAUUGUUGAUAUUGGUUUUCUGCACUUCACAGAUUUUUUACAUUCCGCCGAAACAUAUUUAAUAAAUAUUGUGUAGUAAGGAGGGAAGGAAUUUUUAAACAAUAUUGCUGCAUUUGGGCAAUGAACGCAUACGUUCCUCAUCAUGAGUAACUCGUUUUUCUAUGGGGUGUAUUUGCUUUGCAGUCAAAGUGCUGAAAAACGAUACAAAGGACGCUGCUAUAUUGGCUUUACCGUAAAUCCCAAACGUCGUAUAAGUCAACAUAAUCGGGGUAAGGAUUUUGGUGGUGCCAAACGCACCAGUAACAAAGGACCAUGGCAAAUGGUUAUGAUAGUACAUGGCUUUCCAAAUAAUAUUUCAGCAUUGCAGUUUGAGUGGGCGUGGCAACAACCGGCACUUUCUACACGGCUCAAACAAUAUUCGGAGUUGCGUCGUAAAUACCCAAAAGAAAGUCAUUUUCAGUACAAUUUUCGAAUAUUAAGCCGUAUGCUAAAUGUGGGUCCAUGGAAUCGAUUACCACUAACAGUUCGUUGGUUAGAAAGCGAAUACGAAUGUGAUUUCAUACUGAAACCACCGCCUCAUAUGGAAAUUGUAAAUGGUCAAGUUUUGUUACCAAAAUCGCAAGCUGUACGACUAAAAAAGGACGAGGAACCACCAAAGGCUAUUUGGUCAUCUGAAUGUCACCUGUGUAUGCAACGCAUUGAUGACCCGGAACGGUCACGUAUCGGUUGUAUUAACUCACUAUGUAAGCUUACAUGUCACAUUAUAUGCUUGGCCAAUUAUAUAUUAUCUUCCGAUGAAAACAAUCGUGGACAAUACAUACCAAUUGCUGGCGAAUGUCCGCUGUGUGAAGAGAAGUUUACUUGGGUCGCUUUACUCCAACGUAAGCGUAGAAUGCAGCAACAUGGUGUAGAACAUAUUGAAGAGGAAGAUGAUGAGGACGAUGAAUAUGAAGAUGAUAGUGAUAUUAGCGUACUUAAAUCUGAUAAUGAAAGCAUUGAAUCUGAAAAGAACAAUGAGUUCGAUGAUCUUAAUUUUUUGGAAACUCCUGGUCUUAAGGAGUCAAAUACACCAAUUUUAAACGAUGAUGAUCAAGCUGAAAUUUUUGAAUUGAGCGACUGAUAACUUUGCAGUGUAAGUUGAAUUAAAUGCAAAAUAAAAUAAUGUUAAUGUGAUUCAAUAAUAAUAAAGUAUUCUGUAUUUAAGUAAGUUUAUUUAAUUUAAUGUCUUUACGAAAUUGUCAACGCCGAAUAUAAAUUCAGCAUAAAUUUAUAUUAACUAAUAAUAAAUUAGGGAGACGAACCUUAAAAUAAUACUUUCUAUUGUUGAAACCUGAGCAAAAUUCAAAAUUCCUCACUUCAGCUCUAAGUUUUGCUAUAUUUAUUAUUAUUUGUUAUUAAAUACUUCAAUGGUGUGUGCUCGAAUAACUUAAAAAUUUACAUUUACUAUGGCGGCUUGACUAUUAUAAUAUUGAGAAGCUUUAAAAAUCUUCCAAUAAUGUAUAGUAUCUCAUUAGUUCGCUAUAUAGAUAAUUUUUCCAUAUUAAUAAGCUGAAUGUCCUGCCAUAUUUGCGGCUUCCUCUUCAAAUUUAGUAUUUACGGCGCUUAAGGCAGCCUUGUAUUGUCUUGCAAAGCCCUUAUCUUCUAGUCCCCAAACGCGACCAUUAGUCGCCAACAUAACACCCAUUGCCUCCCAUUCG